GUUGCUGAUUUUUCCCUCCCUGAAGCUGAUGCCUGUUCAACACAGCUGGGAAGACAGGAUCAUCAGGUUUAAAGGAACAUAAAAGCCUGCUAAAAUGGCACUGGCCAGUUCAAUUUCUAGCAAAGAACCACCACCACACUCCAGAAAAGUUUCUGCAGCAGGGGUGGAAGUGCACCAGAGCAAGAUGGAUUUCUUCUGCAAGUUGGGCUAUGGUAAGCAGGACAUCUGCAAAGUGCUGGAGAACCUGGGCCAAGAGGCCCUGGAGGAUGAUGUGCUGAAAGAGCUGAUUCGGUUGGGGAGCAAACCUCAGGCUCUGGAGAACCAGGCUCAGCCUUCCCAGCUAAAGCUGGUUGCCCGUGGAUCGUGUAGCACCACCCCGGGGCUGAAGUGGCUGGGAGAAGAGGAAAGUGAUUCUUCCGACUCCUUGAGGCCCAUUGUGAUCGAUGGCAGCAACGUUGCAAUGAGUCAUGGAAACAAGGAGGUGUUCUCCUGCUGGGGGAUCCAGCUGGCAGUGGAUUGGUUUCGAGAGAGGGGGCACACUUACAUCAAGGUUUUUGUCCCACUCUGGAGAAAGGAACCCCCUCGACAAGACAGCCCCAUUGCAGAUCAGCACAUCCUUGAGGAGCUGGAAAAGCAAUCCAUCCUGGUCUACACACCCUCCCGGAAGGUGAAAGGCAAGCGGGUGGUUUGCUACGACGAUCGCUACAUAGUGAAAGUUGCUUAUGAGAAAGACGGAGUCAUUGUGUCCAAUGACCACUACCGGGAUCUCCAAAAUGAAAACCCCGAGUGGAAAUGGUUCAUUGAGCAGCGACUACUCAUGUACUCUUUUGUCAGCAACAGGUUUAUGCCUCCCGAUGAUCCAUUAGGCCGGCAUGGACCCACCUUGACUAACUUCCUCAGCAAAAAGCCAGUGUUUCCUGAAAAAAAAUGGCAGCCUUGUCCUUAUGGUAAAAAAUGCACCUAUGGCAAUAAAUGCAAAUUUUACCACCCAGAGAAACAACGUCACGCUCAGCUUUCAGUUGCUGAUGAGCUCAGGGCCAAAACAAAGGUCCCGUUUGCGCUGGGGAAAGAGGAGGAGAGGCGCCAGUGCUCCCCGUGCGAUGCCUGCACAGGAACUCUGCGGGAAGCCAGAGGCUGCUCUGGGCCUUGCUGCUGCCCAGGCAGGGCCCCGGGGAGCUGCCCUGAGCACUCCUUCCGUGCCUGGGCCAGCAGUCCCGGCUCCGACCUGCGGCUGGACCAGCGCUUGCCGCAGCCGGAGCCGCUCCUGGAGAAGAUGUCAGCGGUGUCCAUCAGCGAGGACACCUACGGCUGCAGCUGGUCCCUGUGCGCCUCUGGGGACAGGGGGGUCACGGCCGGCCCUCAGCGCUGCUCUGGCCUCAGGCACGAACUGCUCUCGCUCCAUCAGCGCCGGGGCUUGGAGCGCAGCGGCUGUCCCGGCUGUCCCUUCCCGCGGACGGGGCUCCCGCGGGCGCACGGCGGGACGUGCCCGCGGCACGGCUGGGCUCGGCAGCGCCCGGCUGUGCCCGGAACAGGCCGGGGGAGCCGCUCCUUCCCCGGCGGUGCUCAGCACGAACAGGCCCUGGAGACGCCGCAGCCCCUUCUGCUGCAGCCCACAGCCCCGUCCCCGGCCGGGGUCCCCCCGCACAGCGAGCCCCGGCUGCAGCGGCGGCAGCGCUGCUUCCCCGGCCCGGCCCCGGGGCAGCCCGCGCCCUCCGAGCCCAGCAUCGGAACCGCCUUAUUCCAGAAAGCCCACGCCUACCCCAGUGCCUCUUACAGGGACUACUGGCCCAGCCCUGCCCAGCAAAUGAACAUCCACAGGGAGCUGUGCUCCCCUUAUCCUUACAGCGGGAUGAGCCAGGUCAUGACUUUGUACCCCAGGAUCCAGGAUAAGGGGACUGGAGCACCGCCCCUAUGA